AUGUAUUCUAAUCAGUGUCCUAAAGCUAUUUGCAAAUUGUGUCUCUCUACUGCUGUGUCUCUACAGCCUUGUCUCUACAGCCUUGUCUCUACAGCUGUGUCUCUACAGCUGUGUCUCUACAGAUGCGUCUCUACAGCCUUGUCUCUACGGCUGUGUCUCUACAGCUGUGUCUCUGCAGCCUUGUCUCUAAAGCUGUGUCUCUACAGCUGUGUCUCUACAGCUGUGUCUCCACAGCUAUGUCUCUAUAGCUGUGUCUCUACAGCUGUGUCUCUGCAGCCUUGUCUCUACAGCUGUGUCUCUACAGCUGUGUCUCUACAGCUGUGUCUCUACAGCUGUGUCUCUGCAGCCUUGUCUCUACAGCUGUGUCUCUACAGCUGUGUCUCUACAGCUGUGUCUCUACAGCUGUGUCUCCACAGCUGUGUCUCUACAGCUGUGUCUCUACAGCUGUGUCUCUACAGCUGUGUCUCUACAGCUGUGUCUCUGCAGCUGUGUCUCAGCUGUGUCUCUGCAGGCUGCUCCUGUAUGAUUGUCAGGAAUAAUGAUGAUUUUAAUAAAAGUAACAAUAAAUAA